AUGUCAAUAAACAUUAUACUCGAGGACAUAAAGGACUCACCAAGUUCGAUAAUUCAAACAUUAUCAACCCUUCAUAAUGACAAGUCUAUUUUGACUCAAAUAUCCAAAUCAGACCUAAAUCAUUUAAUUUCAAGAACUUUACAAUUAUGUAGAUCAUCAAAUAUUUACAACAAAUGGAGUGGAAUAAAUAUUAUGAAAGUCAUAAGUUCAAAUUAUGUGAUUUUAGCCAAUGAAGGUUCUAAUUUUGUAACUAUAUUAAUCACAAUAUUAGAAAAUUUUAACAGUACAAUUGAUGUAAUUAUUUUAAAAAACAGUAUUGAAUGUUUAAAUAAGCUUAUGAAACAAAUUAGAAAUAAACCUACAUUAACAAGAGAGAUUUUGACACCAAAAUUAAAUCAAAUUAUUCAACUUUAUAUAAAAAAUUUACAUUUUCAACCAACUUUAAUUAUUAAUUCACUUUAUAAAUUAAUAAAGUAUCAUCCAAAUACAUUCAGACCAUUUGCAAAUAAAUUCAAUGAAAAAUUAACUCAAUUGUUGAGUGAAUCAGAAGAAUAUCCAAUUGAAUUGAAGAAUGCAAUUUGUAAAACAAUUGCAAUUUUACCAAUAAUUGAAAGGAAUGAGCCAGAAUUGAAAUGGUAUCAAAAUGUUUUACAAAUAAUUAAGGAAAUUGUUUAUGUGAUAGAGAUAUAUGAAGAAUUUUUCCAUUUCGAUACUGAUUUGAAAAAAUUGAUUGCGAAAUUGCCAAGGGUUGAAGAUAAAUCUAACUUUAUAUUUGAAGAUUUGAGUAUUGAUUUUAAUAAACCAUCGACAAUUCUGAAUAUUAGUACAAGAAUUGAAAUUUUAAUUCAACUUUUGACCCAUUACUUGACUGAAUCAAUAUCAAGUGUUAAAAUUCCCAUUGGAAUGGUUUUAGUUCUUACAGAAGUUAUUUUUUCAAUUAAUUCAAGAUAUUUAUCAUUCAAAAACGAUGUGAGAGAUGAAGAAAUCAAAAAAAUCUUAAAUUCAACAUUAUUGAAAAACUUUCAAAAUACUUUAAAAUUUUUAAAUAUGUUACUAGUAUUCAAAGGAGCUUUAGUUUUACAUUUACCUUCAAUUUGGUCGAAUUUAGAAAUGAUUAUUCCCAUUAAUGAUAAAAAAAUAUCUAAGCAAGAUAUUUUGAAUAAUGAACAAUUAUUUCGAGAGUUAUUAAAUUGUGCUAGUAAUUAUUUACAAUUUGUUGGUACUUCAUCAGAUAACUCAUAUAUCACUCCAUUAGUUGAUGUUGCACUAAUUUUAAUUGAACCAAGAAAAGUUGCUAAUGAUACAUCUAAAACGACAAACAAUAGUACAGUAAAUUCAAAAAAGAAAAAGAAAAACAUUUCAUCAGCUCCAUUAUCUGAUAUUUUAUCACACGAACAUUUAUUCAAUGAAUCUUGCUCAGAAUCUACUUUAGUUAUAAUUCAAACAUUUUUCAAUCAAGUUAUUAAAAAAUUCGAAUUACCACCAACUCAACAUUAUAAAAUCUUAAAAUUCAUAAUCAAACAAAGUAUAGAAAAAUCAAAUUCCAAUUUGGAAAACACUGUACCUGAAUCAUUACAAGACUUAUUAAUCAGUGCAGUAUUAAACCCCGGAUAUGAUAAAAAUAACAUUUUACCAAUUGUUUCAUCAAUAUUGUCUACUAAUCAAUUAUUAACUGUCUUCAAUAAUCCAAGGUUACCUCCAUUACCAAAAUAUGUCACUUCUUCCAUACCUGAAGAAAUUGAAGAUGCUGAAGAAGAUAAUGAUGAACAUGUUACAACAAAUCUUUCAGCUAAAGAAAAUGCUAUUAGACAAUUACUCGAGGAAAAAGCUCAACAACAACAACAACAGAAUCAACAAAAGGAAGAAGAAACUAAUAAAAGAUCUUUAAUAGAGGAAGAAAAUGAAGAAGCAAAUGAAAAGAGAAGAAAAAUCUUUGACGCUAAUUUUAAACCAAAUCAAGUUGUAUCUGAGGAAGCUGUGGUUGAAGCGAACAUUGAAAAAUCUUCUUUAGGUCGAGUUGUCACUAGUACGUCUUUGGAAGUUACUGAAAAAGUAGAAGAGGAAAAUGUAAAAGUAGAAGCAGAAGAAGAUCCUGAAGGGUCAGAUUUUGAAAUGCCUGAACUCAAUCUUGAAGAAGAUACAGAUGAAGAAGGCGAAGAGGAAGAUUGA